AUGAAGGUCUACCUGAUUUGUGGAAUAUUGUUUGUGGCAGCUUGUACAGCCGAACCCGAUCGCUUUGAAGAUAAAGUGUACCUCAUCGUGAAAGAUGCGGGGCUAGACUAUUCGCGAGAUCAGGUCGCGAAAUAUUCCACGAUGCUUCCUCGGCUGGUAAGUUUGAAGUUGUUGCCAAUGGUUGAAAGAGCUGGCAGUGAAGGGGGGACUUGCAGAAGUCAGUGUACCGCCUUGCAAAUUCUCUUGUAUCCUGCUGUUUCUAGAUGAAUGAUAUAAACCACAGAGCCAACCUGAAGUUGGACCGCUUAAUUAAUGAAUUCAUAGGUAUGAUUCGUUAUAUUCCCAACGACGACCUACGCGGACAUCAGUUCUUCGAAGCAUCAAGGCUAUUUCUCCUCUAUGUGUUCCCUAAGUUGAGCGACAGCGCCUCGAUGGGAUGGGAGAAGAGCGCGUUGGGACUUGAAGCCACCAUGUUGGUUCUUUUCCGAAAAGUGAGCUUUUAAUAAUCAUUCGUCUUAAAAAUCCUUUUUUUAAGUAUGAAUGGCACGCAAUUAUCGACGCGAAUUGCCAGCAGUUCUUGGCCAUAACUGAGCAUCAGCUGGAAGAACAGAUUUGCGAGAUAUACGCCAGGUAUAUUCAGGAGGACAUCAAACGUGACCUAUAUUUUGCGACCGAUGCGUUGAUAAGGGCGUUGUAUGGCAACAACAGUGUCUUUGCGGUGUGGAAUUAUCAACGUCUUUUGGAAAUGAUGCCGACAUCUACCACAGUUGGUCCACCGGAAAAACUCGGAAUCGUUGGAUUUGUUUGAAAAGGAAUUCGGGCUGCUUCAACUCAGCAGCUCAAAGCCUUAAACAUUGUGUUAUAAAUGAUUUAAGCGAAGAAAUAAAGAAGUAAUUUCUAGAAGUAUGUGGGUUCAUAGUGACAACCUUCAAUGUUUCACUCGAUGUCUUUAAUGCGCUUUUUCGAUAAAGUAUGGAGUAAAAUCUAGAGGUUUUUGAAGGUGUUAGCCAUUGUAAAAGCCUUAAAAGUCUCCUGACAAUGAGGUGUGACUGUAGUGAACAAAUAAUCUUUUUUGGACUGAAUGGUUUAUCUCGGAAGUGAUGGUGAAUAUCUGAUCUCUAGAGCGUCAUGCGGGCAAAGGUGGUAGCCAUGGUACAAGUCAGACAACUUUUUGGACUGAAUGCUCAAUAGGUAUAUAUCGGUAAUAUCGCAACUUUGCGUAUUCUUGCCGCCGAGAGAGCACACUAAACGCGGAGAGCGGACAGAGGGAAAAACAUCUUUUGGCCAUAACUUUGCUUGUUUCGUGCGGAAAAAAUUGAUUUUUUGUGGAAACACUACCCUCUAUGGCAGAAAUAGGCACGAAACUUUUCGUCCCGAAAUUCGGCAAAAAGUAUCAAAUUUUUGCCCACUUUUGAUCUAAAAAUCUCGGUUGUUUUUGCAAAGCGCGAGCUAGGAUUCUUGCAUAUAUUUUAGAAAAAAUCAUUCUAAAUUUGCGCCAAGUUUCAUCAAAACCUGAGCGUCGCACUUGGGGUACUCCCUCUGUUGCUCAAAACAAAGCUUUUGAAUUGGUAAAAACUUGGCCAAAAAGGCAUUUGCAUGGUGUUGCGGGAAAAGUUCUGAGGAACCUUGCAAACAAAUAUAGGACAGUAAAUUUUAACAUAUUCUAAAUCAGAAAAAUUUUGCGAUUUUUUGGAUGUAGUCCCGGCCUGUAACUCAAUACCCCAUUGAAUUAUACUUUUCUUCCAACGAAUAAGUUUUUUUUGCCCUUUAAAAUUCGUUUUUUAUUUUAGUUUUUUGGGUUUCAUUUUACGGAGGUUCCGGAGAAAAAAAUUAAUUUUUUUCUUUGUUACAGAUAGGCUUCAUUGCGCAGCUGUUUGUUUUACGGAGGUUUUUACUGUGCUGACAAUUGUGAGAUUAAAAAACAACGCUUUUUUCUCUUUUUUCGCUGUGUUUGACCUUCACUCGGAACGAGGGACCCUUGAAUUGAAGAGGGUUUUCCCCCCGACCAAAUGUCUUUUUCCCCAAAAAAACUGUGUUCAUUUGUCUCUUUCGCAAUGCUCCAAGGGACAGAUAAACCGGGGAGAGAAGCGAGACACUACUGGCGAGACGGAGGCCCGACAAAAGACGAAGGGAGAAACGCCCGAAAGCCGCCGCAUUCGGUGCUGUGUGGGCUGCAGUGAGGUGGCUUGGGAAGGGAGGAGGCGAAUUUCCUUAUCGAUCGAUGCCAUCUUUUUCGGCCUGAAUAUAAUAGAAAGGUAAUUUGUCCUUGUAAACUUAAAAUUUUUUGUUUUUAGUCAUCUGAAGACGAAUUUGGAAGAGAGAAAUGAAAUUUGA